AUGUCUAUGCCUAUUCCUAUGUCUUAUACUCCACCCCAUGGCUAUUCUGAGCUGCCACAGCAUCACAAGCCCUACACCUUUGUGCAGACACCAGGUUUUUCAUCACAGGGCUAUAGGACUAUACGUCCGGCAUACAGUCCAGCUGUCUCACGACCACGUGGAUCGCAGCCUUCUGCAUCGCAUGGAUCACAUCCAUCCAUGUCACAUCCACAUGGAUCAUAUCUAUCCGUGUCACAGCCACUCGGGUCACAGCCACUUAGACGGGUCGUUAUACAAAUUCACGUGCCUGUCUUUCUUUUCUAUCCACUCAAAUCCAUCGUUGCUGAUCCAUCUGAAAUUUCCAUUAUAGAUGAACGAUUAGAGCAAUCAUUAUGCAAGCUUUUAACCCACAUUUAUCCAGCAGCAGGUAGAUUUGCAGCUAAUGAUAAUAGUCACUCAGUUGAUUGCCUUGAUCAAGGUGUUACAUAUAUAAAGGCAAAAAUUAACUGUCAAUUCGAUGAUUUUAUCAAAGCUGCACUAAAGGAUAUUGAUCUUGCACUGAAAUUUUGCCCCGACAUGGUUCGUGAUGCUUCUAAUUCACCAUUAGUGGUAGUGCAAGUGACCAAGUUUAAUUGUGGUGGGCUAGCUUUAACCAUCAGCACUUCACACUCUGCUAUGGAUGGAUUCACAGAAUCGAAAUUCCUUUACGAGUGGGCUAAAGUGAGUAAAAUGGGAACUUCUGAAAAGGAUAUCAACUGCUUCACCUUUGAUUUAGGAACCAUCUUCCCAGCAAGUGAUCAUUCGUCGAAAAUUCUCAAGUCCUCCUCGAGUUCUAUAAGAAAACCUAGAGAGAUUGCAAUGGUGGCAAAGAGGUUUGUCAUUAAUGAAUCAGCAAUAUCAAGUCUUAGGGACAAACUAGGUUUCAAACCCACAAGGGUUGAGAUGGUAAUUUCUCUUUUGUGGAGGGCUCUAAUCAAUGCUUCUCAACAAAGAAAUGGGCGUUUAAGACCUUGCUUAUUGAUUAUUUCUAUGAAUUUACGUGGUAAGAUUGACUUUCCAAGAUAUAAAAGCUCCUUUGGAAAUUUUGCUAUUGAUGUUCCAGUCAAAUUCAUACCAGGAGGAGCAGAAACAAAAAUGGAGUUGCAAGAUUUUAUAAUAUUGCUUAAGGAUACAAUACAAAAAAAAAGCUUAUUAUUUGCUAAAGCUUCUACAUGUGACUUAUUUUCCAUGGUAGGCAAGUUUCAUGACGAAAUACAACAAUGGGAAGACAAUGAUGAAGUGGAUGUAUUCAUGGUCUCAAGCUUGUGCAGCUUUCCUGUUUAUGAAAUCGAUUUUGGUUGGGGAAAACUGUUCUUGACAAGUUUUGGAUUAAGACGUAGCGAUAUGUUUUGGUUGCAUAAAACAGAAUGUGGCACUGGAAUUGUUGUGCAGGCGGAUUUGAAGCAAAGCGACAUGGAAAUGUUUGAAUGUGACCAAGAUGUAUUGGCUUUCACUUGCAAGUACGGUGUUCCCCUUAAGAGUUUUCUUUAA